GAAGGCCGGCAGUAGUCGAAAGAGCAGAGAGCUAUCUUUGCAGGCCUGGGGCGGGGUCGAAAUACUAGUUAAGCCAUAGCUUGAUAAUGGUUGGCUGGAGACAGGGGAGGGGGCAGGCCCAGAGCCCGGAGGAGGCCCGCCCGUUCGGGGGCGUGACCAUGCUGGCGGGGGCGGGGUUGGACGAGGGAGCUUUAGAGCGCGGAGGCGGUCCUCCGAGGGGGUGGGUCAGGGGGCGGGCCCAGGGCGCGGGGGCGGGGCCUGCACGGGCCGCUGUGCUGGGCCCAGUGGGCUGCGGGGAUGCGGGGCACGAGCUGCGUGGGCGGCGGCGGCGAGAGCCCGGGGGGCGCCGGGCUGAGCGAAGGCCCGCGGGGCCGUUGGCUGCGCCUCGCCCCGGUCUGCGCCUACUUCCUCUGCGUCUCGUUGGCCGCCGUGCUGCUCGCCGUCUACUACGGGCUCAUCUGGGUUCCCACGCGGCCCCCCGCGGGCCCCGCCGGCCCGCCGCCCAGCGCGCCGUCCCCUCCGUGCGCCGCCCGUCCGGGCGCGCCGCCUGCCCCGGCGCCCGCCGCUGCCUCGGUCUCCUGCCUCCUGGGAGCCCCCGGCGGGCCGCGACCCCAGCUCGAGCUGCCGCGCAGCCGCCGCCGCCGCCACAGCGACCCCAGCAGCCGCCCGAACCGCCAGACACCCAGAGAGACGCCGGAGGCCGCGGGGGGGCGAGGACCCGGGUAACCCUCCCUUCCACCCAAGCUGGAUCGCCGGCCCUCAAGAGCCCGCGCCCCCACGGCGGAUGCUCCGUUACCCGGUUGGGCCCGGACUCCCUCUUCAUGACAUCGCCUAGCGUCUCCGGAGUCGUCAUCCAGAAGAAUGGGUGGGGGGGCAAGGGGAGCUGGCCCAGGGCCUCGCUCCUCUGCCGUCAGGCCGGGGUCCUCCACCAUCUGGCCGACCCGGUCCUGACCUCUGCCUCCUGACACUCUCCGUAGGAGUCUGAGCACAGAGCCCACAGCCCACCGUCCUCUUCUCUGAAUCUCCGUGUCCAUAUGUCCCCCUGCAAUAAACUCCAGCCCCAAC